UGACAUUACAAGUGACAUUUUAUAUUUUUUAGCUGAUCGCGGUUUCAUCCAAGCUGGGAAUUUAAUUGUACUGCAAUCCUAUUAUACUUUUUGACCACAAUGGAAGAUAAAAAUAUAUCGAACGAAAUUAUACUGAACUAUGAGCUACUAAAGUUAACAUCUGUACCAUCCCCAGCGACACCAAAGUCUUCGGCCUCGCAUCUUUCGCCUAAUCCCACCGAGCCUGUAUCACUUUGCAAGUGUCUGUUAUCUCCUGAGCCGUCUAAAGAAGAAAUUAUUUCACAACGCAAGAAAAUGAUGUUUUCUGCGGUAUUUCGAACAGAAAGCUAUUUGCGUGAACGACGUAUUCCUGAACUUAUAAGAUUCCUUUUAACUAAAAUUUUAGCAAGAGAGAGAGAUCCUGAUUCGAAUGUAUCUACCUAUUUGUCGAAUCUUUUAGAUGACUGCAUGAUAUUUCGUGCCGGUCUCGGAGUCGCUCCGGUAUUGUUUGAAGACAGGCAUUUGAAAGCCAUUAUCAAUAGUUUCGAUCCAUCUCAACGAGGAUGGCUUACCGUUGGACAAGUACGCAGAGCUUUUAUGACGUUAGGCCUUACUCCAGAUGAUAAUUUACUUGAUAGAACUCCAACUGAUAUAGUAUUCCAAAGCUUAAAGGAAAAACAAGAGCUGGAAUUAUUCAACUUAUUGGCUGCUGGAAUGAAACCCUUGUGUGAUAAUGAAAGUGAACCCUAAAAGCUGAACCAACACUAAGAAGUUAUAUAGUAUUGUACUUAGUUUCAUAAGACAUUUUAUUUUAAUACUCCUGUAGCUUAUUUUAGAUAUAUUUCAAUUUAAUUUUAGUUCUGUACCUAUA